CUUUAUAGCUUUGGUGAAGAAACGUCUCCUAAAAGUUUUGCGAUUACCUCGUAACUUAAGUGAUUAGGCACACAUAGCCGUCAAACUGUCCAAACUGAACAUUCUCGUGGACUAUCUUAUCAAUCCAUCAUUUGUGUCAUAUCUCACUCCGUGCGUUAUCGAUUUAUCAGCAUAUACUGCUCUACAAUUAUAAACCUUAUCCUUUAACAUUUAAAAUGUAAUAUUACGUGAACUACAAAGCUUUUGGGACAACUAAACAUUACCCAGGUGUGUUGGCAUCGUUAGUGUCAGUGGUGUCAUUUUGUGAAUUCCUGUCGUGUGAGUUGAAAUUAAAAUGGAUUUAGACGAUAUUGAAAUCAACGAAAAUGAGCAGCCGAUAUUCACGUGCAAGGCCCACGUGUUCCACAUAGACCCGAAGACCAAGCGAUCAUGGAUGUCGGCCAGUUCUGCAGCCGUCUCCGUCUCCUUCUUCUACGAUUCCUCAAGGAACCUGUACCGUAUCAUCAGCGUUGAAGGAACUAAGGCGGUGAUCAACAGUACGAUAACAGCGAACAUGACCUUCACUAAGACUUCCCAGAAGUUCGGCCAGUGGAGUGAUGUUAGAGCCAACACGGUCUACGGACUCGGGUUCGCAUCAGAACCGGAGCUUGGCAAGUUCAUAGAAAAGUUCCAAGAGGUAAAAGAAGCGAUUCAAGCGCAACAAUGUGGCGCUACUGGUGGCAAAUCAGUUACGAACGGUAACAGUGGCGCCGCCACGCCGGUCGCCAGCGCCACCGCCAGCCCACUGCUCGCUGGUAGAGCCACUGGGGGGGAUGAGCCACCGCCCGCCGUGUCACCUGCUCAGGCCUUGCCCAAACCAGAGCCUGAAGAUAUGAACGUUCAUCAGAGAGCGCAUUCUGUGUCCUCCACUCUACAGGGAGGUGGUUACGCCACAGUAGGUCGAUCGCCCCGCGGUCCCCUGGCGUCGGCCGGCGCUCCGGCCGUCAUCGACCCUCCUCCCGCCGAGUCCUCCGAACAACAGCUGCGGUACGAGAACGACAGACUCAAGCUCGCACUCGCACAGAGAAUGGAAAGUGGCUACGCGACAGUGGGGCGAGCUCCGCGCGGUCCGCUGGCGACCGCCGGCCCGCCCGCGGUCAUCGACCCGCCGCCCCCCGAGUCCAUUGAACAACAGCUGCGCUAUGAAAAUGACAGGUUGAAGCUGGCACUCGCGCAGAGUUCAGCGAAUGCCAAAAAAUGGGAGGUGGAGCUAGCUACAUUGAAGAGUAACAACCUUCGACUGACGGCCGCGCUGCAGGAGAGCACAGCCAACGUGGACGAGUGGAAGCGGCAGCUGCACCAGUAUCGAGAGGAGGUGGCCCGCGCCAGACACUACGCUGGUAAAGGCGCGGAAGCCAACGAAGUGGAACAGCUUCGCCAGCGUGUCGCCCAAUUAGAGGCUGAACUAGCUCAGAAGAACGAGGAGCUAGCCCAGAUCACAAAGUCCAAGAAGAGCGAACAGGACGCAGAGGCUAAACUCGCUCAAAGUCAGCUGGAAUUGGCUCUCGCCGCUCAGGACGGACAACGACAGGUCAUACAGGCACUCAACGACCAACUGGCGCGGCAACUUGAUGAGCUGAGCACAAUCCACCGCGAGAUAAACUCAGCGUUGCACACAUGAGACGCGGCCGCGGCUGCGCUGGCCGCCCCCGCACCGCCGCAGUACGCCGUCCCGCACAGGGAGCCCCGCGAGCCCCGCGACCCUCGUGAGCCCCGCGAGCCCCGCGAACCCCGCGAGCCCCGUGAGCCCCGCGAGCCCCGCGAGCCCCGCGACCGUCGCCUCCCGCUACUGCUGCGUGCGCCGGAGCCAGCCUACGUGACGGUGAAAACCAAGAAAUGAAGAGUGCUCUCGGUAUUUCGCAAGGUGCACGAGUUCUUUUAAAUUUUUCCUUUUUAUAUAAAAGGGGAGAGUCGGUUGGCUUUUCAGUUUUUUUGGCGUCAAUGUACUAGUUUAUAUUCUUCGAUGUCAAAUGUUGUGGUAUGGUAUACUUUGUGGAUAUUUUAUACGUAGUUGUGUUUUGUAAACGCAAUUAUAAGAUGUAUUAAUGUGUCUAGUUUUGUUUCUAAGGAAAUACCCCUGUUAAAUCUGGUGUGAGAUUUUGAAGUGUAUACAAACCACACAUUGAUGCCUUGUUGUAAUUAUUUCUUGUCUCUAAAAUUAGCUUCUUCGUUUCAGUUUAACAGUAUAAAUAAUUAUAAGUAAUGACUUGAUUUCCUUCAUUAUUCCAAUGUUCUUUGUAAAUUAAGAGAUGUAUGUUAUUGCUUAAAAUCUUUACUUGAAAAUGCAAUGUAAUUGCGAUUAUAAUAUAAAUAAAUGGUGCAACAACCGACGCUCCCUUCGUGGUUAGCUCAUCGAUAAUUUUAUUUAACGUUAGGGCACAUCACUAUUAUUCGUUUCACCGGUACCAAGUGUUGUCAUUGAUCUUGUCAUUUUUCAAAACGGUGUCAUUACGGUGUCAUUUUUGUUUUAAGAUGUCAUUAGAAUGAAAACUUAAUUAUGGCUUAUUCACGUAACUGUUUGAGGAAGCUGGUCGUGACUAUGAGUCCUCAGUUUGAGUUAAAACGUUGAGUUACCCUUUACAACAAUUACGUGAGUAAGCUGUAAACGAUAAUUAAUUUAAUAUUUAUCACAAGAAAAUCAAUAAUUGUUAUAAGAGUACAAUGCCACAGUAUCUUAAAAUCAACUCCUAUAUUGAGAGGUGCGAAUACAAGUUUAAACUUAACGCUAUCAUGAAGGGUCUUGGUUGAGUCAUAAUGAGUUAGCGCUAGUGAAGGAUAUAGACCACUACUAUCUGACUUCUUUAUGAACUUACACCACAUUAGAAUCAUAUAGGAGAAGAGGGUUUGGAUAAUGUAAUCGCGCCUCUGCCUACCCGUUUAUGUGCUAUACAGUAUUAUCAGAUCUCAUCACACUGUGGCAUCAAACUCAAAUUCAUAAUUCACAACAUUUUUCAUUUAAAUAAAGUGACAAUUUCUUCUCGAUCUCAUCGAUAUAAAUCGAUUACGAAUGUAAGUUUAAUCGAUAUGCAUAGUGUCUUUUAAGUCUAUUAUAUCGAAACGUUUACAUCGAUAUUAGAGCUAUGUUCGUACUAUAAUCCGAAUUGAAGAUCAUUCAUUCGUCACAGGAAUAUCAACCUUCUGUCAUGUUUAAAUAUAAAGAUGGUUUUCGCGUAGCAAGAACUUGUUUGACAAAGUUUUGGGCUGUGAAAGGAAAAGUGGUUUUCGUACGGCAUUUUGAGGCGUGUAGGUAGCGAUGUAUGAAAUUGAAUGGUGAUUAUAUACUGGUGGAAUCUUUUGGAAGUCGUGUCAUGGUCUGAAGGCGACGUGUUGAAGUUUGUAAUGUCUAAGUGUCGAGUUCAAGUCACUGGGAAGUAAGUACUCGACUUGUUUAAUUCUCAUCUUUGUUAAUAUGAAAGUUCGUAACUUACCCAUGUUCAAAAUGGGAUUGUUAACGUGUAUUUAAACAUUAUUUUUAUUAAUAUAUCAUUUUUAAUUCCGAAUCAAAUUAAUAAUACUUUUUAUUAAGCGACAC